GUCGGCAUUAGCGAGAUAUAAUAAAAGAGGAGACGAAAUCACGUGACUUUGAGCGACACCGGGUACGCCAUAAUUAUUGAUGACUGACUUCUGUCAAAGUUAGGUCAAAAUGCGUUAUGCGAGCUUUUGUGAUACUGUUUGCACAAAUUGAAGAAUAUUAUUAUGGGGUCUUGUGCUCUACGGAGUUGUGCAAGUCGGACUGAAGUGGAUGAAAAUAAUACAACAGAAAAAACUUUCCAUAGAUUGCCUAAAAACGCUGACCGUUGCCAACUUUGGGUGAAAUUUGUUAAUAGGGGUGAAUGGACACCUACAAGAUCUAGUGUUAUUUGCUCGAAACAUUUUUCUGAGGAGUCAUUCGAUAGAACAUCAAAAUGUUAUGUUAAUCUCAAACUAAAUGAUGUUCCGACAAUACAUCUAAACCAGGAAGAAUCACCACCUAGUACUAUCAAAUAUUAAGACCUACUUUCGACUCAUCCCUUCUACAGAAACAAGCAGGUAGUAUAAGACAUCAUAGCAAUAAGCUUCUAUUAUUUAGAGUGCAGUAAUCCAUAUAUUUAUGUAAUAAAGAUUAUUUCCAAACCUAAUUUUUAUUUAUGUAGGCACGCAAAAAC